UCACUAAAAAGUUUAUGUGAUCAAAUAUUUAUAAGUACAGCUCUUAAUUUCAUGGUCCAUUUCAUUUGGAGUUCAGCUAUUUGUAAAAUAUUUGAAAAGUCCAGCUUAAUGAACGUCCUAAUAUGCAUAAUAUAAAAAACGUGCAAUAAUGGCUGUUUAAACCUCUGCGCUGUAUGACAUAUUUAUGAGUGAUUUUGAGUCACAGUCUUCUGUCGUGGCACCAGCUGCAAUUCCAGCAUGACCAACUGGAGUCAAAGUCAAUGACAGGCUGGAGUUCAUCUUAUCAUAAAGACACACUGUUCCUAUAAUAGGAAUUUACUGAUACACUGUAUACACACAGAAUGAACUUUGAACAGUGUGCCUAUGAUGCCAUGACUGAUAAACAUGCAUUAAUGUGGGAUGGAGGGGAAAGAUAAACCUCAGGCCAUGUGGAUUUAAUUUCGACAGUAGCCCCGAGGACGCCUGCUGCUCUUCUUCUUUUCUUUGAUUGUGUAAGGACUGUUUUUUGUAUAGUCUCUCAUGACAAAUAUAUGGCUGAUCUUUUCUCAACAUUUUUAACAGCACCAGCACACGUCAAAGUCAUGUUUCCUUCCUUCCUCUUUAGAUUGCAAAGACUGGAUUAAGAUCUCUCCUGAGUUCACAAGACCAUGACUAUUGGCAGGAGCUCCAAAAAGAACAUGGCCCCUCGUUCUCCUCCUUUUCUGGACAAGGCUAGUGGAUUCUAUGGGCACUUGGAUGAGAUGUGUGGAGACGAUGUACAGAGAGAGACCACAGAAGAGCAGAUAGGAUCCUUGAACUGGAGCAGCCAAGAGAAUAGGACAGCUCCAAGCUGGAUAGAAGAGGAUGACCAUGUGGUUGAUUUUAACCAGGGUAUGAUGGAUGACGAUGGGACCACUUUACUGAAGAGAAAGCCCAGCAGACUGAGUCGCCGCUGGAGCAGGAUGAGCUCCAGGAAGGCAAAAUAUGACAAAUUUUCCUCAGAGAAAGAACUGGGUAACGAGACCAACAAGCCCACCUCUGUACAUCUAAACCCAGAGGUGCCACCAGCAACCCAAACCCUGGAAAACAGCAGAGAACCAGAACCAACACUGGUCCAUUUCUCCGUGAGGGAGCAUGCUGACGACCAGAUUCUGAUCUCAGGGAAGAAGGAAGGAGAAGGGGAAAUGGAAGACACAAGAAAAGAGAAAAAGCCAGAAGGCAAACAGAAUGGGGAGUCAUUGGAAGUUGUAAAGAGAAACACUCUCAAGAAUUAUCGCAAGGCUGUGGAUGGAGCUUUCCGUCAAGGAUGGGAGACUUUCGUUGCCAAUCUGUACAGUGUGACACUGACACCUAUAUCAUCAACCUCUUCUUCAUCCACACCAUCAGACAAAACUGAAUUGAACAGGAAUUGAGUUUUAGCAGAAUUCAGAUAACAGUAGAACAGAAUUACUUGUAUUUUCAACUUGAUGAGUAAUUCCAAUUAUUCAUUUAAUGUGCUCAAAUAUUUAAGAAUGCAUUGUUGUUCUUGCAAAAAACUGAUAGCCACUGAUCUUGUUUUAAACUGAUCAUCAUGUAACUUGACAUGAAAGGUAAAUAUUUGAACUUUUUAUCAGUGUAUAAAUUUGUUAUCACAGUGCUAAAGAGGCGUCUACCUGAUCUUUGUUCCCUUUGUGAGGAAACACGAGGCCUAUGCUAUUAUUAUCUGACAUGGAAAGAUCUUUUUUAUUAGGUGUGAUAAUGUUUUUGAGCUGUGAACAGUAGCAGAGUUCCUAUACUUUGGCCAUGAACGUGUAUUACAGGUUAUGUACCAAAGGGUUAACUCUAAAAAAAAAACAAAAAAAACUGGGAGCUCAUGGAUUAAAAAAAAAGAAAAAAAAAAAAGUAAUCAACCGGUAACAUCACCGGCAGUGAAGUGUAUAAAUAACUGAGCCAAGAGAUGAAGUGAAGAUGGCUUUUGUGUUUUUGGGACUUAUUUAUCUUCUAUAACUUACUUGCUGAACCCAAUUUCCUAAUGACAUGUAGGAGAAUUUUUUGUUUUGUUUUAUCUGCAUUGUGACAUCAAAGCAAUGCUAAUAAUUAAAAGGAAAAGUGAGACAAAA